AUGACUGUUUCCCGUGAAGACUCUGUUUAUCUCGCCAAAUUGGCUGAGCAAGCUGAAAGAUAUGAAGAAAUGGUUGAAAACAUGAAGGCCGUUGCUUCAUCAGGACAAGAAUUAUCUGUCGAAGAACGUAACUUGUUAUCAGUUGCCUACAAGAAUGUUAUUGGUGCUCGUCGUGCCUCAUGGAGAAUUGUUUCAUCAAUUGAACAGAAGGAAGAAGCCAAGGGUAACGAGCAACAAGUUGCUUUGAUCAGAGACUACCGUGCCAAGAUUGAAGCUGAAUUGUCCAAGAUUUGUGAAGAUAUCCUUUCUGUCUUGAGCAAUCACUUGAUCUCUUCUGCACAAACUGGUGAGUCCAAGGUAUUCUACUACAAGAUGAAGGGUGACUACCACAGAUACUUGGCCGAAUUUGCCACUGCUGACAAGAGAAAAGAAGCUGCUGACUUGUCCUUGGAAGCUUACAAGGCUGCCUCAGACGUUGCUGUUACUGAGUUGCCACCAACCCACCCAAUCAGAUUGGGUUUGGCCUUGAACUUUUCUGUGUUUUACUAUGAAAUUUUGAACUCCCCAGACAGAGCUUGCCAUUUGGCCAAACAAGCUUUUGAUGAUGCUGUUGCUGACUUGGAGACAUUAUCGGAAGACUCGUACAAGGACUCUACAUUGAUUAUGCAAUUGUUGAGAGAUAACUUGACCUUGUGGACCGACUUGUCAGGAGCUCCACAAGGAAACGAAGAGCAACAACAACAACAACAGCAACAACAACCUGCUGCUGCUGCUGGCGCUGCUUCCUCUUCCUCUGCUCAACAAUCAUCAGAAGGUAAAUCCGAGCAAGAAUAG